CCACGUGCUUCCGCUCUUGCCGGCCUGGGCACAGGUGUAGAUUAUAGUACAUGCCUGAAGUUGGGGUCGCAGUAGGCAUUGUGAACUGUCCCAGGCGGUGGAUUAGGAGGCCAGAGGAGAUCCUUUCCACAGUGCCUGGCUGAAAUGGAUCCGCUCAGGGCUCAACAGCUGGCUGCGGAACUGGAGGUGGAGAUGAUGGCUGAUAUGUACAACCGAAUGACCAAUGCCUGCCACCGGAAGUGUGUGCCUCCCCACUACAAGGAAGCAGAGUUGUCUAAGGGCGAAUCUGUGUGUCUCGACCGAUGUGUCUCCAAGUACCUAGACAUCCAUGAGCGGAUGGGCAAAAAGUUGACAGAAUUGUCUAUGCAGGAUGAAGAGCUGAUGAAGAGGGUACAGCAGAGCUCUGGACCAGCAUGAGGACCCAGAUAGUGUACAUCCCAGGGAGCACCUUGCUGCUUCUUACUUUAAUAAAAGUGCCCUGGUUGGGUUUCAUCUGUGAA